AUGCGUCCGUCGGCGUUAGCGAACUGGAACGUCGGCUACGCAUCCCGGCGGUGGCCCAACGGCGACGUUUGGUCGGGGCGGCUGUUGGCUGCGGGGAGCGCCUACUUGGAGGAGCACACCAACGAGCCGGUGACGAACAUCGCGGUGGGCGCCAUCGCCGCCUGUUCGGCCUCCUUCGUUACGCACCCGAUCGAGGUGGCCAAGCUGCGCAUACAGCUGCAGGGGGAGCUCCAGCCGGCGAUUGCAGAGAGGUCGGCGCGGGGACGCCCCGUGUACCGAAACACCCUGCAAUCUAUUUACACGAUAUACCGGUAUGACGGCAUCCUCGCCGUUUAUCGGGGGCUUUUGACGAACCUCGGCUACCAGCUACUGGCCAACGGCUUGCGCCUGGGCAUCUACCAGAUCAGCGAGGACCUCGGCUUGACGCAGGACAGACACCUGGAGCCCAGCAUCUUCCUGAGCGCUAUCUUCGGCGGCGUGUCCGGCGCCAUUGGGGCCUUCGUGAGCUCGCCUCUUUUCUUGCUCAAGACGCACCUACAGCUGCACUCGUCAACAGCGGCCAUCGCUGUUGGCUACCAGCACGGCUACGGAAGUGCGCACGCAGAGCUGGUAAAGAUCUAUAAGACGCAAGGUGUCUGGAGGGGCCUCUGGCGCGCCACUUCCUCCAACGUGCUGCGGCUGUCUACGGGAUCGGCGCUUCAAUUGUCCACAUUCAGCGGUUUCAAGAGUUUUCUGGACACUGCGGUGGAAGGCCGUGAGCGGUACUUCUUCAUCAACACGCUUAUGGCGGCCUUCUUGUCGGGACUCGCAUCGGCGCCCUUCAUCGCGGUCUUGGACGUGCUACGGGCGCGCAUGUACGCGCAGCCUUCCAACCCGCGCGGCGAAGGCAUAUACUACAGCAGCAUUCGGGACUGCGUCAUCAAGAUCAAGCAGACGGAAGGACUUCGAGGCCUGUGGCGAGGCGUCGGCGGGGCUUUUUUCUACACGAUGACGUCUUCCGUUAUCACGCUGGUCUCCUGGGAAGAGAUCAAGAAGGAGGUUGACGAAGACCGACAGGAGUCUCUCUAUGACAUCCUUGAUUACGGCAUUCACUGAACUGAUUUUUG